CACUUUACUUGAAAGAUCUUUUACCCAAGUCAAAAUGAAAAUCAACCCAAGUCUCUCUUUCCCUAUAAAUCCAAAUGCGAUUCCUCGUUGAAUCCCUACCGCCUUUUAGCAAUCGGAUUAUAAUGGCGAUCGCGAUCUCCAUAUGAAGGUCAAAUUACAGAGCAAUUUGUGAAACUCACCACGCAAAUUGAUUUUUGGAGAAGAACAAGAACCAAGAAGAUCGGAAGCAAAUGGAUGGAUUCGGAAGUUCAGAUAAUUCCAGCAAUGGCGAUCCACCACUGUGCGCUAACAACUGUGGCUUUUUCGGAAAUCCGAAGACUCGCAACUUAUGCUCCCUCUGCUACGCUGCUUUUCUCAGAGAAAAUCUGAUCUCGGAACGGCGGCAGAACGUUGAAGAUUCUCUCAAAUUGGAAGAACAAGUCUGCUCAGAUUCCGUCAGAAAUCGAACUCCUCCGUCUGGAUCCGCCGGGGGUUCCGGUUCCAGUUCCAAUUCGAAUGCGCCGGCCAGAAAAAAUAGGUGCGGCCUCUGCAACAAGAAGGUCGGAUUGUUAGGGUUUAACUGCCGGUGUGGUGGUUUGUUUUGCGGGAGACAUAGAUUCCGGGAAGAACAUGGAUGCGGCGUCGAUAUGAAGUUAAUCGAGCGAGAGAGAUUGGCCAAACAGAACGUCGAAAUCAAGGGAGAUAAGCUUCAGCACAGAGUUUAAAUUUCGUUGAAAUUUCAGAAUCUUUUGCUCUGAUUCUCUCUUUCCUUUUUCCUUUAUAAA